CUAAUAAAAUGAUUAAAAAAAAAAAAAAGAAGCAACAGGGGUCUCACGUAUUUUGGACAUGUUUUAAAGAGGGACUAACCACUGACGAUGAGCAUGUUUGGUCAGCAAAGAGGAGGAAGCCCCUCGAUGCACUGUGGUGCUCAAAUAGAGAAAUGCUGUGAGAAUGGCACCGCGCCAGGCAGGGUUUCCUUCCGUUGUACAGGUUAAUAUGAGCCCAGACCACCUUAAUGGCACCUAGCAACCACAAAGGACCAAUUGUUAAUGACCGAUUUGGACUGGUAAAAAUAUACAGGAAGAAGAAGGUAGCCCUUAACAUUUUAAGUAUGUUUAAAAACGAGCCCCGGGGGUGUACUGGGAGAAGGAUGAGCUGCUUGCUACAGGGUCAGUGGUUUGAACCCACCAGCAACUGCGGGUGAAAAAUGAAGCUAUCUUUACUUGGGAACCAGAGGGGCGAGUCUAGCCUGUUUUAUAGGGUUGCUAUGAGUCAGAAUCGACUCGGUGGCAGUGAGGCUUUUUGUUUUGUUUGGAUUUAAGAACCCAUGGCCUAAAGGGGCCCAGGGAUGUUCAGAAUUGGUCAAAAGAUUGGAGAGUGGAGGUAUAGCUGACGUUCAUCACAUAGAAAUUAGCUUUGGGCUGAUGACACUUCUCAUUUCCCUCAUGAAAUAGGCCGCUCCCCACCCGACUGCAUCACACAUGCCUUGUGUCUCCCUGCUUUCUUCUGGUCUAAGCCUACUGCAGAGCUUUUCCAGAGUUCCCUGUGGCUGUUUUCCUGGGAUUUUCCUGCACUUUCACCACUUUCUGGUGUGACUUGUUUUUCUCCUUUUACUUGGUGUUCGCCCUUGUGUUGGGGAAACACACUCUCCAGUAGUUUCCUAAGAAACAGUGCUUGAGUCCUUGCAUGUCUCAACCCUCACAAUAGAAGGAGUUACAGAAUUUUAGGUCAGAUUUUUUUCAUUAGAAUAUUGAGGAAUAAUUCUUAAUGUCUUCUUGCUUUGAGUGCUGGUCUUGAGAACUCCCUGGCCUGUUUGACACCUGGCGCAUUUUAAAUGACCAAGGCUCCUCUCCCUGGAAGUUUUUAGGGUCUCUUCAUUUUCUUAUUCUGAAAUGUUGGAUAUUUUGAAGACAGAGACGGGUGGGGGUAGAAGAGGCUUCAUCUGUUGGUGAUUUACUGUGUGUAGUAUUGUGCUGGAUGUUUGUAGACACGAUUUCAUUUAAUCAGGUGAUUCCUCUGAGUGGGAUUUGUACCUCCCCAGGCCUAUUUGGAUAAUGGAUGUGUGCCUUUGUACACAAGCAGUUUUGCCUGGCAGAAACAGAACGACAGAGAAGCCAACUGGUUCAUUCAAGCGAAUUUCUUCCUAAUCCUCCACAUGCUUCCCAGACAUUUAGCUACACUCCGUAUGUCCACUAUUUGUCACUCCCUCUGCCUUCAUUUGCUCUUCUCUCUCUCCUUCACAAAAGCAUUUCCUUUUUAUUAAUCAAGCAAUAUACUUGGUUGUUAUUCCAGGAGUCAGUGAUGUUCAGUGAUGUGUCCAUAGACUUCUCUCAGGAAGAGUGGGAGUGCCUGAAUGAUGAUCAGAGAGAUUUGUACAGAGAUGUGAUGUUGGAGAAUUAUAGUAACCUGGUUUCAAUGGCAGGAUAUUCCAUUUCUAAACCAGAUCUUAUCUCCCUCUUGGAGCAGGGGAAGGAGCCCUUGCUGGUUGACAGAGAGGUGACAAGAGGCCAGUGGCCAGUCCUGGAACCAAAAUGUGAAACCAAGACAUUCGUUCUGAAGAAGGAACCCUUUGAAGUAGAACCAUCACACUGGGCGGUCUUGCAAAGGCUCAGAAGAUACGAUCUUCAGUGCUCCAGGUUCAGAGAUGAUUUGGAAAGUAACAGCCACUUUGAGAAACAACAUGACUCUCAGGAGAGCCAUUUAGAUCAACUGAUGUUUAUGCAGGAAAACAUGCCCACUUUUGGUCAGCAUCCAUCCUUUGCAUUACAGCAAAUCAUUAAUAAUAAAGAGAGAUGCUAUGAAACUAAGGAAUAUGGGAAAACCUUUAGACUUGGCUCACAACUUACACAUCAGAUAAUUCAUACCGCUGAGAAACCCUAUGAUUGUAAGGAAUGUGGGAAAGCCUUUAGACAUCUAUCAAGGCUGGCUCAUCAUCAAAAAAUACAUACCGGCAAGAAACCUUUUGAAUGUACAGAAUGUGGAAAAACCUUUAUUUGUGGCUCAGACCUUACUCGACAUCACAGAAUUCACACUGGUGAGAAACCCUAUGAAUGUAAAGACUGUGGCAAGGCCUUUAGCAGUGGCUCAAACUUUACUCGACAUCAGAGAAUUCAUACUGGUGAGAAGCCCUAUGUAUGUAAGGACUGUGGGAAGGCUUUUAGCAGUGGCUCAAACUUUACUCAACAUCAAAGAAUUCAUACUGGAGAGAAACCCUAUGAAUGUAAGGAAUGUGGAAAUGCCUUUAGUCAGAGCUCACAACUUAUUAAACAUCAGAGAAUCCAUACAGGUGAGAAACCCUAUGAAUGUAAACAAUGUGAAAAGGCUUUUCGUUCUGGUUCAGACUUAACUCGACACCAGAGAAUUCAUACUGGUGAGAAACCUUAUGAAUGCAAGAUAUGUGGAAAGGCUUAUUCUCAGAGCUCACAACUUAUUAGUCAUCAUAGAAUUCAUAUUGGUGAGAAACCCUAUGAAUAUAGACAAUGUGGAAAGACUUUUAACUGUGGCUCCCAACAUAUUAAACAUCAAAAUUUAUACUGGUGACACACUAAGACAUAAAAUAUAUAUGAAGGAGAAAAUGCUGUUUGCCUGUUGGAAUUCUACAGUAUUGGCAGUAAACAGGCCAUGGGAACUACAUUUACUGUCCUCUUAAGAAAAUGACCAUCCUGGGAGUAGCUUGGUGAUCAGCACCAAUGUUGGCAGGAAAACAAGAAGCAAGGCCUUCUAGGUUACAAGGGGGUGGAGCCACAUCAUCUGGAUCCCAAAGGGUAGGGCCAUAGCAUCCUAGGUUUCAAAAGUCAAAUAUUUGCCGCCAACUUGGUUCCAGAGUGGGAGGCUGCUCUUAAGAUUUGCAAGGGAGAUGGGGCUACUGCCCAAAGCUGAAAGGGGCAGCACUAGCAUGCCCAAGGGGUAGCAAAACAGGGCGAGGAGGUGGGGUUGCCUCUCAGAUGAAGUAGGAGUUUAGGGCCACCCAAAGCCAAGAUAGCAGAGUUCACACCCAGAGCUCUUAGAAGAUGGAGCUGAAGCCCUGGACUGAGAAGGCAACACCCAGAGGUUGGAGACCGGGAGGAACCAUUGCCCAGAUGGUCUCCGGGAUGAUUAUGUUCAGCAUUAAGAGCUAAUGGAAAUUCCCUCCCUCCGAUUGCUCUCAUUUAUAAUGGAAACGUGUACCUUUGACCUGUUCACCACGGUACUCUGGAAACAGGUAGCCUGCACUCUAGAUAUCACAGGUUCCCAGAUGAAGAGUAGCUUUGCUCUAGGAUGAAAUAUACCCCAAAUCUCUACCCAUAUUUAAUUUAGAUGGUUUUGAAGAUGAGAUUUGAGACUUAUGAGUUGAUUUAAGAUUUGGGAGGUGAUGUGAUAGGGUGCUGGUACAAUUGGGUAAGCGUUGGACACUAAAUGGCAAGAUCAUUGGUUCAAAAUCCCCUGCUGCUCCACAGAAGUCGGGGCUGUUACCUGUCGAGGUUUAUAGCUUCAGAAACCCUAUAUAAGGUUGCUCUGGGUUGGAGUCAACUCAAUAGCAGUGGGUCUGGUUAGGUUUUCUAGCGAUAGGGUGAACGUGUUUUGCAUGUUGGAAGGGUAUGAAUUUUGGGAGAAUGAAAGGUGGAAUGCUACUGAUUGAAUUGUGUCCCCAAAAUGUAUUUUAAGUCUUAACUUCUAUGCCGGUGAUGAAUGGGCUGUCUUUGCUAUGUUAAUGGGACAAUUAAAAUGAGCAAAUAAAUGAGUGAAGCCAGGAUGGGAUAAGGUAGAUGCCAAUGCCAGAGAUGUCUCCAAGGCAGCAGAGGGGGAAAAGACCAAGGACCUUUCUCCAGAGUCAACAGAGAAAGUAAACCUGCCUCUGGAGCUGGCUCUCUGACUUCAGACUUAAAGCCUCCUAAGCUAUGAGAAAAUAAAUUUAUUUUGUUAAACCCA